UGAAGCACAACGCAAACCCCGCAUGUCCAAGUCCAGUCCAAGCCGUCGUUCCUCCCUCCCACCAAACCCCCAUAGCGUCCUCUGCUCGCAACCUUCAAUUCCGCGUCUCCGGCGGCUAUCCUGGCCGGGCCGAGGUCAGCCAGCGGCGGCCAACGACCGGGAUGCCGGGGCCGGGGGCGCACCUGCUGUACGCCCUGUCGGGCGGGGCGGCGCUCUCGCGGCUCGCGGCGGGGGGCGGCGGCGGCAGACGACGCUUCGGGCCGCACCACUGCGCCGUCUACGCCGCCAACGCCUUCCUCGGCCCGGACCUCGGUUCCUUCGCCGAGUGGCUCGCGUCCUUCCUCCCCUCCGCCUCCGCGGCCGCCGCGGGGGACCUCGCCAUGGCCGUCGUCCACCACCCCUUCUACUACCCGCUCCUCCUCGGCCUCCCGCUCGCCUACCUGUACGCGUGGCUCUCACGGUGGAUCCUCCGCGCUGGCCUCCUCGACGCGCCCGGCGGGGUAGCAUUAAGCAAGAGACAGUGCUUCUUGCUUAUCACGGCAGGCUCUCUCUCACACUUCUUCUUGGAUCACUUGUUUGAGGAGAAUGGCCAUUCUACAAUGUAUACUUGGAUACUAAGCACUGGUUGGUGGAAAGGCCGUGCUCCUAUCAAUCCAGAUGCAGUGUUUGCUGUUGGCCUUCUUUGCAUUUGCCUAAUCGGGGGAUUUCUGUACAUAAACAGAGUGAAGCAUGGAAGGUCAAUGACCGAAAAAUCAAAUCAAUCUUUCUUUCUCAUCCUGGUGAUAGCCACCCUAUACUGUAUGUGGUGUGCCAGUCAAAUAUAUCUGCGAAAUCCACCUCAACCAGCCAUAGGUGAAGAGGCUGAUCUUGGAGUGAUAAUCUUUCUUGCAAUUUACCUUUUUCUCCCUCAUGGUUUGUUUGUCUUAUCGAUGAACCAAAAAGAUUGUAGUGAAGCAUUGGAUGAAUUGCCACCUUGAUACUAUAUGUGAUAUGGUGGCGUGCUUUGUUCGUCAUUUUUCAGAUGAUUUGUUUGGUAGCAGCCUUCCCUCUGCUUCAUGUUGUAAUUAAAUUUAAAAACUAAUUGGCUGAUUGCCAGACAUCUCUGUAAUUCAAGGCUAGAAAUAUGUUUUCUUGAGGAAAUAAUGAGGUAGGAAAGUUCAGGACGAUGUUAGCAUUUGUAUAAUGAUAAUAAGUAUUAUCUAAUUUUUAAGCUGCUGUUGAUGAUACAG